CAGUAGUUGCUUAGACGAAGAAGGUAUAUUAUCCUUGAAUUCUGUUUCGUUCAUGUUUUAGGUUUUUUUCUUCUAGAAUAUUUAUUCUUUCGCAUUUCUCACUAUUUAUACACUUGCUGACCUUUACGUGUAGAUCGAAAGCUUAAACAUAUUCAAUUCAUCUUAAGAUAGGAAAAACAGCAACCCACCAUGAAAGGAUCUACGCCUGCAUUAUUUGCCUGCGCCUUCGCAACCUGGGCUCUCGCAGCACCGGUAGCUACGCCUGAGAAGACCCCGAAUGUCGUCGCAUCAACCCACACGCAGCAGACAGCAAGACAGACCGAUUUUAUAUCAAGAACGGCCCUCUUCCUUUCUACUAUUACGCCCUCACGAAUAUCAAUUGAGAAGCACAACAACGUCGUCGUCGCAGAAGAUGGCCAACGCGUCCAAUUACCAGAAAACCUUGCCGGGGCUAAAUCCUGGGAAACUCCUCACGUUCUCGCAUUUCUUACAUCAUUAACCCGUCCGAAGAAGCAAUCGCCAUUCCCCGAGUCAAGCAUCAUAAGAGAGGAGACUCGCGGAAACAUGGUGGAAGCCGAGCCGCAGGAAACCAUUGUGGAGCUUGAAACUAAAGCAGAGCGUGAGUCGUGGACGUAUCUUCCCUACGUGUCUCAAGACAAAGUCUUGCGUUUCCGUUGCGUGCGUAAGGCCGCAGACACAAUGGUGCUUGUACUUCCCGUCGCCGCCACUGUCAUGAUCCUCAUGGCUCUCUUUUCGAGAGCGCUUCGACACAGGGUUUGCGUUCUCCGGACAUUCGGGAAGAGGGAGAUCCGUCUUGACGAUAAAGAAAUGGCAUCCCCUGACCAAUCUUCGAGACAGAUUCACGUGCCAGGUGCAUAUAGGUCAGUCUACUCCGACGACGGAGUCAAGUCAUAACACUACCGAUAAUAAAAGUCAAAAGAUACGGGGGUCAGGGGGGGUUACUUUUAUUUUAUUUUAUGAUACCAUAACCUGGUCUUGGCGUUCAGGAAUCUGAGCUGGCAUGCUCUAGGGUAUUGAGACUUGUUUCAUCAAGGAAACUGAUUACGAUGACACUGCGACGAUGCACUAUCGAAUUGAGUCACGUCGGGCGUGAAUAAUACGAGCUGGCAAAGUUCGGGUACCGAGGAGUGUUCGAAAGACUCGGCCAUGCAGCAGACAACACCCAGAUGGUCAUGGCCAUGGUCAUUCAAGCCGUCUCAAAGAAUAUGGACACUGUACGAGUACCUACGAGAAUAGCCAGAAUUCGGUAUAGAUGAAGUAGAUUCAUCAAUUGAGAAGAGAAAUCCACGCAAUGAGCUUCGUCGCACCAUGAAAUGACAAGAGUCUAGAACCAUUGACCACCCGUAACACCAUGUCUCAUUGUGCCUCCACAUACGAUGCUGUUCUUACUAAGUCUGCACGUCGUCAGUGAAUCUCCAAAUUGGUCCUGGUGGCUUGAAAGGCCUGGGUUUAGACCAGAUGGUAAUACACGUAGUCAGAAUUGUCCCAUGGAUCCGUUGAAUAGCAUGUGUAAAGGUACAGAAUAGGUAAGAAAUUGACCACCAUGGCCCAUCGACAUGCGAUUCAUGCAACUCAUCUUGAUUUUAAAUACCGA